AUGUUCCCGGCAGCCACGGCAAUCACGUUUCAGGCCACCGUGGAAAAAACGGGACGGGCGAGAUUCUCUCUCACGGCGUUACGGGAUUUUGGGUUAGGAAAGACUUCUCUUGAAGAUAAGAUUCUGGAAGAGACACAGAUAUUGUCAGAUACCUUGGCAGAAAUUAAAGGAGCCCCAGUUUCUUUAAAUAACUUCCUCCCAAAAGCUGUCUCGAACGUAAUAUCGAGUAUAGUGUUUGGGUCAAGAUUUGACUACAAUGAUGAGGAGUUUGAAAGCUUACUCUACAAGACGAAUUAUAUCGUAAACAACACAAACUACAAACUGGUGGAAAAUUACUUUCCAUUUCUAGAAAAAGUUUUGCCGAAUUCAAAGGUACGAAAAUUAUUGCAGAUGAAAGAGGAGUUCAAUGGCUAUGUCAGAAAGCAGAUAGAUCUUCACAAAAUUUCUUUUGAUCGUGGAAACAUACGAGACUUCAUUGAUUUGUACAUAAAUCAGGAGACGAAUGAUUCCAGUGAUGUUAUAUCAGAUAUUGAUCUGUUCCAGACCAUAUUUGAUCUGUACGUAGCCGGGUCGGAGACAACCAAUACAACACUCCUGUGGAUUUUUCUCUUCAUGAUAAAAUAUCCAAAAAAUUGCCGAUUAUUUGACUACAAUCGACAGGUUGUUGGGAACCGACAUAUCACUUUAAAAGACAGGGAUCAGCUUCCGUACAUAGUGGCAACUGUGAACGAAAUUCAGCGGCUAAAGACGAUAGCUCCAAUGGCUGUUCCAAAGACUGCUUUGGAAGACAUACAAAUUGAUAAUCUAACGAUACCCAAACGAUCAACUAUGGUAGAAGUCAUCGUGUCCGCACAUUAUGAUAAUGAAUACUGGGAAAAACCUGAGGAAUUCCGACCAGAAAGGUUUCUUGAUGAAAACAACUCUAUUAUUCGUCACGAAGCCUUUUUCCCAUUUGGUUUAGGAAAACGAGUGUGUCUGGGAAAACAGCUAGCGGAGACAGAGCUGUUUUUGUUUUUCUCCAUACUGAUUCAGAGAUUCCGAUUUGAGGAGGCCAAGCCUGGAGUCCUUCUCGAUAUGGAAGGGAUCAGCCCGGGUGUUACCUACAUGCCAUGCCCAUAUGAAGUCCGACUGCAGGAGAUUUAGGAAUAUCCUGUCAAUUUAGACUAUAUCUUUAUUUAACGAUUAAUAUUUUACCGUGUCUACUCAUACUUUCAGUACACAACAAGAAGUGAAAAAGAAUUGUGGUCCCCCGCUUUCGGUAUCUUUGUGGGCAAGAUAUCAUUUUUAGGGUCAAGGUCAAUAGGUCAAAGUUUUU